AAAGAGGAAAAUAAAAACACCCUCUUCUUUUACCCACCUUUGACACAGUCGUCACGACAGUGCCCACUCUUCUCUAUCUCGCCACUUCCAACCGGUAAAUUCUCUCUCUUUCAUCGCACAUAGGCAAGAAAUUCUCUGGUAUUAAUUUGAUGGGGAAGGGUUCGAAGAGCGCGGCAUGCAAGUCCACAUCACACCAGCUCUUCAAGGACAGGGCGAAGAAUCGCGUGGAUGAUCUACAGGGGGUCUUUAGUGAUCUCCAAUCAGCUAGGAAGGAGAGCCGGUCGAUUGAUGUGGCUGUGCUUGAAGAGCAAGUUCACCAGAUGCUUCGUGAGUGGAAGUCUGAGCUUAACCAGCCGUCCCCAGCUUCUUCUCUGCAGCAGGGAGGGAGCCUUGGUUUUUCAUCGGAUAUUUGUCGGCUGCUGCAGCUUUGUGAGGAGGAAGAUGACGCAACUAGUGCGUUAGCUGCACCAAAACCAGACCCUGAUGCACAGAAGGCUGUUAAUGGAUAUACUUCUCAAGAAAAUUUUAAUAUUACCAAGGGUCUUCAAGAACAAGGCUUCCAGUUGGUGGAGCAAUGCAAAAAUGCUGCCAUGGGAGUUAACAUGGAAAUGAACAACUUGAAUGUGCCUUCACAGCUAGAUUAUCAUUCAUAUGAUUUCCAUCAAGAUUUUGAACAGCCGUAUUUUAUAGGCUAUGAUGGCACGGGGUUCAUCGGUGAGGAUGUUUUGCCUCAGAUUUCUGGGUAUCAACCAAAUAUCAGCCCCCCACCAUCUGCUUUCUUGGGGCCAAAAUGUGCCCUUUGGGACUGCACUAGACCAGCAUUGGGGUUGGAAUGGUGUCAAAAGUCUGAUGACUAUUGCAGUAUCUAUCAUGCUGGGCUUGCACCUAGUGAAGGCUAUUUUGGUAGGCCCCCUGUUGUUCGACCGAGAGGCAUUGGCUUAAAGGAUAAUUUACUUUUUGCUGCACUUGGUGCAAAGGCGCAAGGAAAAGAUGUUGGCAUUCCUGAGUGUGAGGGUGCUGCUACAACAAAAUCACCUUGGAAUGCACCUGAGCUCUUUGAUCUCACUGUUCUGGAUGGCGAAACAAUCAGGGAGUGGCUGUUUUUUGAUAAACCGCGCAGAGCCUUUGAGAGUGGUAACAGGAAGCAGCGAUCACUUCCAGAUUAUAAUGGGAGGGGUUGGCAUGAGUCCCGAAAACAAGUGAUGAAUGAAUUUGGAGGGUUGAAGAGAUCCUACUACAUGGAUCCUCAGCCGAUGGAGAAUUUUGAGUGGCACCUUUAUGAAUACGAGAUCAACAAGUAUGACGUGUGUGCAUUAUACAGACUUGAAGUAAAGCGUGUUGAUGGCAAGAAGAGUCCUAAAGGGAAGUUAGGCAAUGAUUCUGUUGCUGAUCUGCAAAAGCAGAUGGGCAGGCUGAGUGCUGAGUUCCCAAAUGAGAAGCAGCGAGUCGUCAAAGGAAGGGGAAAGAGCAAUUUGAAGGAGGGAAGUGGGAGAAUUUACUCUGGUUCGAACGCAAUGGAAGCAAAUCCAGGUGAAGGGCUUGAAUAUACAAGAGGCGCACCAUACGAUUAUCUUGUGGAAGAUAUCAAUGGGUACUACAUAACAUGAUGAUGGUUGUGGGAAGUGGGAACGAAAAGAGGCUCUCUAUCCAAGUAUAUAUAAUUGCUCUUUGAUUUCACUCGGCCUCGCCUCCAGGCAAGUGGUGAAGUUGUUUUCUUUUUUCUCUUCUUUUUUCCUGCUAAAUUGUUACGUUUUUGUUGAUAGGGAGUUGGUUGUAAUAGGUACUGAUAACAUAUUGGGCGACAAAUGAGUGGGUUGGUUAUGGUGGAUACUAAUUGCACUUCUUGUGCAACUUUGUAAGGAGAAUUUGUUCAAGCCUGACAAUUUGUAAUUAUUUAACCUCUUUUCACUUCUGCAA